CGGCUUUUCAGUGGUCAGUUUCUUUAAAGAGCGUUGUUGAAGAACAUAUCAUAUACGAGCAUAAUAGAUUGUUUACUGACAGUAAUCGGUUAUUAAGUGCGACGACCGGUGUCCGAUGAAAUUCGGUUCUUUAUGUUGUUCUGUUGCGAUCGAUUACUUUGAUGUUGCUAAUUUCUCAAAAUGUGUUACUACUUUAGUUUCGGUUAAGUUACAGAAGCACUGUAUUCGUCGACUAUUCUAAUUUAUUAGGAUACCUAAUACCGCUAAAAAUCAUGAGACGACGACAUAUUCAACAGUGGAUUUUAUGGAUAUUAUGGUCCACCUUAUUCCAUGGCAUUUUCUGUGCUGAUGACGAAAUAACCAACAGAGAAAGAAACAAAACUAGUCGAGACGUAUUCAACCCUCGAAUGGACUACGACCAAUGGAAACCAUUAGGAAGAGGUGAUCCACUGAAGAACGACCCAACGUACGACUACGUACCACCAGUCCUCGAUCGUGUCCACUAUUGGAUUGAUCCAUCGUCAAGAAAACCAGAUUCUUCAGUCUCCGAAAACCACAAAACCGAAAUUUUGCUUCUUGGCGUUUCAUCCAAAAAACCUAGCACUGGAAGUUACUCUGCAGAUUCAAGAAAAGAUGUUUACGAUUCUUUUAUUAAAUUCGUUGACGGUCCCAAACUGAACAGCAAUCAAAGAAUGUCGCGACCACAGUUCAAUACAGAUUACUACCAUCAAUUCAACAGGAAGCAGUUUUCUGAAAGAAAUGCAUAUUCCAAAGGAAGCGAUCAAAGAAUUCCUUACACUAUCUUAGUGCCACCACCUUUAUCCUUCAACAAACCAAGUACUUCUCAACCCCUUCCCUUAUCGACAUUUUCCGAUGUUGUAUUUUCGUCAUCUCCAAGACCUUCAGAUUCUUCCAAAACUUCUUCAACCGUGACUUCAUUCACAAUAUCACCCCCUUCGAAGGAAUUUUCGUCAACAUCUUCAGAUGUAACAAUUCAACCGUCCAACCUAAUUUAUUCUUCGAGUAGCUACAGCAAUCCUGAAGAAUGGAAAAAGCCUGUUACUGAAAUGACCAGAUACACGUGGAAAACCACUUCCUCAGCAAAUUCCAUCCAUUCAAACAGGAAUAAAAUCAACAACAAUUAUAAAGAUAUUGUAUUCGCUGAAAAACCAAACCCUGAAUCCUUCAUACAGAUAGAUUUCAGCUCACCCAAUUUGAGUUACUCCCACAAUCCAUUGUUAGAGGCUGGAAGUGAUCAUAAUAUCAAUUUCAUAGCCGCUCCAUCAUUUGGGCCUAAUCUAGAAAUAAUGCAUAAAGGAGAAGUUUCUGAUGAUAAUCUCGACAUUUCUAAUACCUACGUGAAAAUUGGUAAAACUGAGGCUCAGGUACAUGCUUCUGAUGAUGUUGCUCUGCCUAUAAUUGCUCAACCGAUCAGUCCACCGGAUAUGAACAAUAUGAAAGUCUUCUCCCAUAUAGAGCACCCGAUGCAAGAUGAUAUAUUAACCUAUACCCCAUUGACUCUACAGACCUUGCAAGAUAUGCAAACAAUGCAACCUCCUCCAGUUACAAUGAGUCCAGUCUUCACCAAACCUAGUACUCCAAUGAUGUUGCCGAAGAAGCAAAAAAAUGAGAACUCAAAUGAAGUGUUCCCAACGCAAUCUAGUAACUUCCGAACCCAACCCUUAAGAGGAGUGAAUGUCGAAACAACUACUGAGUUUUACACAACAACUUCAACAGCGUUGACAACGGACCCCAUUUUCAAACAUUACAAGCAACCUAUGGAACCAAUGAGGGGUCCUCUCUAUCUUAUUAUACAAGGCCACUCUAAAGUAAAAACUUACGGAGCGAGCAAAGCUCUUCACGGAAUAGCUAUACAAGAAACCAAUGAUAUUUCAGACGGAAGAGAGGAAAAUGACAAUUAUGCAGUUGAACAUUUACACAAUUAUCCAAUCAAACCGGAAGAAGAUAAGAAGUUUCGACACGGUCGAUCUGAAGCACUUCAGACUCUUAAACACGUUGUUGAAACUGGACUAGGUGCCAUAAAAACUUCCGAUCUUGAAGGUGUUGACAACAUCGAUAGAUCAGAUAUGAAAGAAACAGAAUUACAAAGUGGUUUUGAGGUAUCUUCUGGCAUUGUUUCUAACGAGAAGUAUCACAAGGGCAUAGUAGAAGCUGCUAGAAAGCUGAAGAAUUUCAGUGAAACUUGAAAACGUUCAUCUGACUGAAUAUUCAGAGUAUUCUGAGAUAAUAGACAAUUUUUAUACUGCUAAAGAGGCUAAAUUCAAAAAUAUUUGUGAUUUAAAAAUAGGUUUUAAGUCGUAUAUUUAAUUCUAUUUAUUUUUUUAUGGAAUGAAUUUUCAAUAAAAUGAAUUUUAAAAACUUC